AUGGGGAAGAUCAUCUUCUACGAGGACAGAAAUUUUCAGGGUCGGCACCAUGAGUGCUUGAGCGACUGUGCCGACCUGCACUCCUACUUCACCCGCUGCAACUCAAUCAAGGUGGAGAGCGGCUGCUUCAUUGUGUACGAGAGACCCAACUACCUGGGCCACCAAUACUUCCUGAGGAGGGGGGAGUACUCGGAUAACCAGCGCCAGAUUGGUAUCAGUGACUGUAUCCGGUCUUGCCGCAUGAUUCCAUUGCACCGCGGGGCCUACAAGAUGAGACUGUAUGAGCAUCCAGACCUGAGUGGCCAAAUGCACGAGGUUAGCGAGGAUUGCCCUAAUGUCCAAGACCGCCUUCAUGUGUCAGAUAUCAACUCCUGCACUGUAGUGGACGGUCACUGGCUGCUCUAUGACCAGCCAAACUACCGGGGUCGAACCUACUACAUGAAGCCUGGCGAGUACCGCAGAUACAGUGACUGGGAAGGUGUAAGUCCAAAGAUUGGCUCUCUCAGGCGAAUCACUGACUUCAACUAG